CCUCUGGUCACCCGGCCCUCUUCUGCCCGCGGCUGGCCACGACCGCGCGCGGCUGGGAAGAGGGAUUUUGUCUCCUGAGAUCUGUUGUCGCCAAGAGCCCCGAGCCGAGGCCUCUGCGUUUGCUUCGCCCCAGCCCCGAGCCUAGAGGGACGUUCAAGGCCUUGGGAAUACGAGGACUUAGAGCGGCCAUUACAAUGGAAGAAACAAAUAAUUUCAAGACACCAAGCAAAUUGUCUGAAAAAAAGAAAUCUGUGCUGUGUUCAACUCCAAGUGUAAAUAUUCCUGCCUCUCCAUUUAUGCAGAAGCUUGGUUUUGGUACUGGUGUAAAUGUUUACCUAAUGAAAAGGUCUCCAAGAGGUUUGUCUCGUUCUCCAUGGGCUGUGAAAAAGAUUAAUUCUAAAUGUACUGAUCAGUAUCAGAGUAUGUAUCAAAAGAGACUAACCGACGAAGCUAAGAUUUUGAAAAACCUUCAUCAUCCAAACAUUGUAGGUUAUCGUGCAUUCACUCAAGCCAGUGAUGGUAGUCUAUGUCUUGCCAUGGAAUAUGGAGGUGAAAAGUCUCUAAAUGAUUUAAUAGAAGAACGGAAUGAAAACAGCCAAGAUCCUUUUCCAGCUGACAUAAUUUUAAAAGUUGCUCUGAACAUGGCAAGGGGGCUAAAGUAUCUGCACCAAGAAAAGAAAUUGCUUCAUGGGGACAUAAAAUCUUCAAAUGUUGUCAUUAAAGGUGAUUUUGAAACUAUUAAAAUCUGUGAUGUAGGAGUGUCUCUACCAUUAGAUGAAAAUAUGACUGUGACUGACCCUGAGGCCUGUUAUAUUGGCACUGAGCCAUGGAAACCCAAGGAAACUUUGGAGGAGAAUGGGAUUAUUACCGAUAAAGCAGACAUAUUUGCCUUUGGGCUUACUCUCUGGGAAAUGAUGACCUUAUCUAUUCCACAUGUUAAUCUUUCAGAUAUUGAUGAUGAUGAAGAUAAAACAUUUGAUGAAAGUGACUUUGAUGAUGAAGCGUACUAUGCAGCCUUGGGAACUAGGCCACCUAUUAAUAUGGAAGAGCUGGAUGAAUCGUACCACAAAGUGAUCGAACUCUUCUCUGUGUGCACUAAUGAAGAUCCCAAAGAUCGUCCUUCGGCAGCACACAUAGUUGACGCUUUGGAAAUGAAUAUUUAGUGAUUGCUUUGUUUUCAUGAUGACCUCAGCAUAAAGCAGGGCUGUGUAUAUAACUGUUUUGUUUACUAUAACACAUUUGUGUAGUUGCUCUGAUAACCUGUAAUUAUUACUCUUUGAAAGUGGCCUAUUUUAAGUCUAUAGCACUUUGCUAACAUUUGAUUAACCAUUUCUAAUAUUAGGGUAUUUUAAAAAUACCUAUGGUAGUGAGUACUUGAGAUUGUAAUUUGAGACAGAUUGUGAAUUUAAGAAACUAGAUAAUCAAAUACUGUUAUGUCUAACAAUUCAGAUAUGACCAUUAGUUUUACUAAUAAUCUUUCUCAAAUACUAUAUACUCGAGUAUAAGCUGGCCAGAAUAUCAGCUGAGGCACCUAAUUUUACCACAAAAACGGUUAGAAAUGUGCUGAAAAACUCAACUUAUACACGAGUAUAUACAGUACUAUGCAUUUAAAUGGAUUUGUGAAAAUGGUACACUACAGUGCAAAAUAAGUAUGUUUACUAAUUUGAAAACACUUAGCCUUUUGCUGGCCUUUCUUGAUGUGCUUAUUAAAUAUGGUCCCUAGAAUCUUAGAGCCUAGAGAAUAUGGCUCAGUGCAGUAGCUCCCUGGGUAUUGCUAGAUCUUUUGUUGUUGCCCAAGAGCAAGUUUAGUUCUUCCACUUGGAUGACCUCCAAUCUGGCUUUUACUUUAGCAUAUUAAAUCUUAUUUUCUAUUCUGAAAUUUUUUGUUUACUAAUUUGAAUGCUAAGCAUUUCAUGCCUUAAAUAUAAAAAGCGCACUCAAAUGGAACAAUAUUAUAAAGGAUACUUUAAGUACCAGAAAGUAUCUCUGCAUUAUUUAAGAAACUGAACUUUGGGUGUUAUCAUUAAACUUAUUAAAUGAGGCUUCUUUUCCUCUGUA